UUUCGUAAAGUGGUUUUUCUUAACACAUGGUUCUAAACACGCAAUGGAGGCCAAACCAAGGACAAAAUCGUUCGGUGUUAAAGAUGGAAAGAAACCCACAUUCAAGGGGAAAGGCAAACCAGAGGGGAAGCCUUAUGGUAAACGUCCUUUCAAACCUCACAAUUCAGACAAAAAGACUUUUGUGAAAUCAGGAGAAAAAGGUGGACCACAGAAAUUCAUGAAACACAGGCCAACAGAUGGCAGGAUUGCAAAGAAGAGGAAGUUUUCUGAGGGCAGUGUAAAACUUGAAGGAACAGAACCAAAAAAACCAAAGUGGAAUGAGGUCAAACAAAAAAAGAGAGAGUUAAAACAGAGCCGACAGAUGAAUGAUAGGAAGGAGACUUACCAUGUUGUAAACAGAGCCAAACAAGUCUGGGAGAUGGUCAGAAGAAAAGACUGCGACAAAAGAAAAAGAGCAAAGUUGAUGAAAGAACUGCAAGGCCUUGUGCAUGGAAAGAUUAAGGCAAUUGCAUUUGCUCAUGACUCCACUCGAGUUCUUCAAUGCUUUAUACAGUUUGGGAAUGAUGAACAAAGAGAGGAGAUCUUCAAUGAACUCAAGGAUUACCUGGUGGAGUUGAGUAAAUCCAAAUAUGCUAGAAACAUUGUAAAGAAAUUUUUGAUGUAUGGGAGCAAGCAGCAGGUUGGUGAGGUGAUGGUGGCAUUUAAGGGGAAGGUGAGGCAGAUGCUGAGGCAUUCUGAGGCUUCAUCCGUGGUUGAGUAUGCCUACAAUGACAAGGCUGUCCUUUCCCAGAGACUCAUGCUUACCGAGGAGCUCUAUGGCAACACAUUCAAAGUCUGCAAGUCCACAGUGUGUCCUACAAUAGAGAAGGUUCUAGAGAGCAAUCCAGAUAAACUGGAGAGCAUCAUGGAGGAAAUGAAACAGAUCCUCACUCCUAUGGCUCAGAAGGAAGCUGUCAUUAAACAUUCACUUGUGCACAAAGUGUUCCUCGAUUUCUUCCUCCACGCACCAGCCAAGCAGAAAGCAGAGAUGAUUGAGUCCAUAAGGGAAUCGGUAGUGUACAUGGCGCACACGCAUGACGGGGCUCGCGUGGCCAUGCACUGCCUGUGGCAUGGCACAGCCAAGGACAGGAAGCUUAUUGUGAAAACCAUGAAGACGUAUAUUGCAAAGUUUGCAAUGGGCGAGUAUGCACACCUGGUACUCCUUGCUGCUUUUGACUGUAUCGAUGACACCAAACUGGUUAAACAAGCAAUUAUUUCAGAGUUGGUUGCUUCCCUGUUUGAGGUCAUCAGCAAUAAACAUGGCAAGAAGGUUCUGCUGUACCUGCUUAGUCCUCGGGAUCCCGCGCACCUCCUACCUGAAAUCAUUCAGCUUCUGACAAAGGGAGAUGGCAAUGCUCACAGUAAGAAGGAUGUUGCAGUGAGGCGGCGUGAGCUCUUGGAGGCGGUGUCCCCUCCACUCCUGAAGCACCUGACUGAGAACACUCGCGACAUGGUGACGGACAAGGCCUGCAGCGUGGCUGUCAGUGACAUCCUGGGCUCUGCCGUCGGUGACCUCAGACCCGCCAUGGAGGCUGUGGCCCUGCUGGCUGCUCAUGACUUUGUGCCUGGAGGUGUGGAGGGCCAGUUGCACAUGGCUGAGCACCCUGCAGGUCACCUUGUGCUGAAAUGGCUAAUUGAGCAGGAUGCUAAGAUGAAGGCAGCAGAGCGAGAAGAACGUUUCUCCAGGGUUCUGCUAGAGACGGUAGGCUUGGAAAAACUGAAGACAUGGAUUUCUGCCAACCGGGGGGCCAUUGUCCUCUCUUGUCUCCUCCAGAGCACUGAUGAAGACACUGCAGAGGAAGUGAAAGUUGCUUUGCAGUCCAUUUUGCCUGAACUACAAAAAAUCCAAAGAUCAAAAGGAGUUGAAGCGCUGCUGGAGAAACUGUCAUAACCCACAUGGGUUCUGAGAAACACUGCAUCUCACCAGUGUUGGACAUGAAUGUUCAUCAUGUUAGAACAGCCAGGGGGGCUUUUUUUCAGAACAUUUGACUGUUUUUACACUGGUCAAAGGGUUUCUCAGUCAAGCUGCCCUUUUAUAUAGUUUAUGGGUGUAGAGAAAAACAAUGUAAUGGUAUUUAUAUUGUUGACUAUCUUUUUGUAAUUAAGUACCGAAUACAUUGUUCUGAAAUCCAAGAUUUGUUUUGUCUUAAAAUUGUUCAGGUGACUUAAGAUGUUCCUUAGUCUUAGUCUCAGCAUGACAUUAAAUGUUUUACCCAACAAUAGAACUUGAGUAAACAAGCUCAUGAUGUCAAAGCUGCAGUAUUGAUGGGUAAGUACAAUGAUAACUUUUGUAAUUGUUGGGAUCAUUUUAAAAUUGUCAAUAUACAACAAAAGGGUAUUUAAGCACUCAGAAAAUACUUUUCAUGGCACAUAAAUUGUUUGUUGCUUCUAACUUCUUGGCCCUGUGCCCUGCUAAAUUCCUAACCUUCAAUCUUGUGUGAAGGUAUUUACUAGGAGAGGAAGGAUGUUUGCUAGGAAAUUAAUUUUGUUGUCCUGUUACACCUCCAUCUGUCUUUUCAGAGUGGACCUGAGAUGAGGAAAAAUGGCUUGUGCCCUGUGUGAUAUUUCCUGAAACAUUGGCAUCCUUAUGGUGCUUGUGGAUGAAUUAUUUAAUUAUCUCUGCUUGUAUAAACAUUUUGUAAUGGCUUUAUUUGGUCCAAAUCUUCACUUUUGGGAACAUUCUCAUCUUUGUGCAUGAGGUUUUUUUUCUGUUUGAAUAUCAUGCAUACAAUAUAUUUUUUUUAACCUUA